GGCAGUUAUAAAACCAGUGCCAAAACAGCAUUCCUUUCAAAGCUGGAAACUGUACUGCGCGUACUGUACAACGGCGCUCUUGAUCCCAGACAUACUGAUCUCUAACAGAAGUGUAAGGAAGUAAACGUGUUUUCAGAUGAAGAAGGCGGUGUGUUUGAGUCUGCGGGGGUCUGUUGUGACUCCUCAACUUGUCCAGAGUGUUCAGAAAUUUGAGAAAACUCUUGAUAUUUCAGGGGGUUUCAUAAAUGAUGUCAUUGCAAAUGUUGGCAUUGAUAAUGCUCUGUAUCGAGCUGAGAGAGGGAGGAUAACGCUGACUCAGAUGAUUCCUGAGUUUGAAGCGGAAUGUCAGAAGGUGGCAUCUGAAAAGAGUUUGUCUUUGCCCGUCCAGUUCUCUGUUCAGAAGCUUUUGGAUGAGAUCAGGCAGGUGGAAUUCAAUAAGCCGAUUCUUGAAGCAGCAUCUGUCCUGCGUCAUCAUGGCAUCGCCACCUGCGUUCUGGCCAACAUCUGGGUUGAUGACACCGAUCAGAGAGAGAGCACUGCGAGGAUCAUCUCUGUCUUGGAAAGACAUUUUGACCUGGUUGUGAGAUCUUGCCAUGCUGGCGCCCGAGUCCCUGAGCCGGACAUCUUCAACAAUGCCCUCAAGAAACUUGCUGUUACGCCGCAAGAAGCAGUCUGGCUGGAUGUUGCUGAAGAAAGUGUCAAGACGGCUGAAGGUUUGGGAAUGACUGCUGUUCAGAUCCAUGACAUCACUGAGGCUCUUCGGGAAAUCAAGAAGUUUACGGGAAUAGAGGUCACCGAUGAUCUCCAACCACCAUUUUGUCAUCCUGAAGAUGUCACGCAUGGAUAUGUGAAUGUUAAGCCAGGGGUGAAGAUUCACUAUGUGGAAAUGGGCGACGGGCCACCUGUCCUUCUUUGCCAUGGAUUUCCUGAGAGUUGGUUUUCUUGGAGGUACCAGAUUCCUGCUGUGGCCGCGGCUGGAUUCAGAGUUUUGGCCCCUGACAUGAAAGGUUACGGUGACUCUACUGCACCCGAAGACAUUGAGGAAUACUCUCAAGAACAGAUUAUGCUGGAUCUGGUGACUUUUCUGGAUAAGAUGGGAAUUGCUCAGGUCACUCUGGUGGGUCACGACUGGGGCGGUUCUCUGGUGUGGAACAUGGCUCAGUAUCACCCGGAGAGAGUCAGAGCCGUGGCGUCUCUCAACACACCUCUGUUUCCUGUGGAUCCAAACACAAACCCGCUGGAGAAACUCAAGGCCAUACCCAUCUUUGAUUAUCAGCUCUACUUUCAGAACCCUGGCGUUGCAGAGGCCGAACUAGAGAAAAACCUGGAGAGAACUUUCAAACUGAUGUUCUUUGCAAGUUAUGAGACUAAACAUCCUCCGUUACGCUCCUCUGGGGUCUGCGAGAGAGGUGGAUUGUUUGUGGGCGCACCUGACGAUCCGCCCCGCAGUGCCAUUUUGAACGAGUCUGCCCUGCGUUUUUAUGUUCAACAAUACUCCAAGAGCGGCUUCAGGGGUCCUCUGAACUGGUACCGUAACGGGGAGAGGAACUGGCGUUGGAUGUGUUCCAGGCCGAGGGGCAAGAUUAUGAUGCCAGCUUUGAUGGUGACCGCAGGAAAGGACCCCAUUCUUCUGCCAGUCUUUGCCAAAGGCAUGGAGAAGCUGGUUCCAAAUCUCAGCAGAGGACACAUUGAGGAGUGUGGACACUGGACACAAAUGGAGAGACCUGCAGAAGUGAACACAAUCCUCAUCUCCUGGCUGAAGGAAACGCACCAGAAAGCCUCCAUUCCUGUUCAUCCGAAGCUGUGAGAUGACCUUGAUAAAGCGUCUUGUCUUGCCUCGCUGAAAGUAGAACACCGUCAUGUGUUAUUUCAGCAGUUCUUUGCUUUCAAUGAAGUCUUUUGUAACCAUUUUUAAUAUCAAAAAAGCACAGCUUUCCAUUUUGACAUUUUAAUAUUAAUAAAAGGUUUUGAAGGUUUUGAAUUUUGAA